AUGCGUUGCCCGGAUCUAGGCUCCGCCUCUUCUUCUCGUCAUGCGCUAACCCCGGCAAUAUCUUGCACACCUUGCGCGUAGGAAAAUUGCUCCUCCGGGUUUCGAGGAUUAAAGUUUUUAUAUACGCUAAAGGAUAUAUUAUCGCAAUAUUUCAUUUAAAUCAACUUUCGCAAUGAUUUUCUCAAUGAUUAGCCUGAAAAAUUUCAAGUUUAUGAAAUUUGUUUUCGGUUUCCUGAACGAGUCAAGCACUCUGAUUAUGAAUGAAAACCUUUAUCAAAAAAAGACCUUAAAAGUAUUUUUAUACUUAACAAAUGGGAAGAAUACUCUAAAGGAAAAAUUUACACAAUGAAAAAGAAAGGGAAUGAAAUUUGUUUUUACAGAAUCCAAGAGGCCCAUUUAUAGGAGUUUUCAAAUUUACGAUCCCAGGAAUACAUUUAUAUUCAAUCAUAAAAUUGCAUGAUGGGAAACUGAAUGUCUUUUUUCUUUAAACGAUUUGCUGCGAAAUUGCUUUUAGCGGCAAUAUGAAGAGUUCUGAGGUGAUACAAAAAAAUUACUCCAUCAGAAGGUUCAGAUCGGAGAUGCGCUAUAUCUUUCAAUUUCGAGCAAAAAAAUUAUUAAUCGCUAUUUUGUUCUUUCGACAGGAUUUACUGAUUGAAAAUAAGAAAAAAAUCAACAUACUUUUUGUAAGAAUGAAUGAAAUGAUAUCAGUUCAGUGUCAACAAAGGGCCGUAACUUUAUAUGAGACUUUCAUAGAAGGUGUCGAAUAAAGAACAACUUAUGUCGACUUAUGAAAAACAAGUUUGAAAUGUUUUCUAUUUUUGGGUAAUCAACGAUUCUAUCAAUUUCUUUCGAAGCCGAAAUCUCCCCUCGAACUGAUAAACUUCCGAGGAAACCAUCCAAUCAGUUUUGAAAAGGCCGUCGGCCACUCGAGUCUGCUGCUACCGCCGUCGUCGGCAAACACGACGGCGCACUCGGGAUUCUUCGGCUCACCUCCGAACGGCCACCACAGACUUUCCGGCUUUCCCCUCCGCCCGAGAUCGCUUUGGCCCCGCGCCAGUCAAUCGAUUUUAUCGUUCUUUGCUUGAUCCUGUAG